AUGCUAAGGGUGUUGACUAGAAGCUUGCCAAGACUUACAUAUUCUACAGCUAAGGGUGUGCUGGUACGUGGCCCCUUGUUGCACUCGUUUUCUACAAGUAGGAGGUUUAAUAACAGUAUCACUGAAGAUGAGGCCAAGAUCGUCUUAAAAGACAAGAGUAGACCUUUAAGAAUUGACAGAGAACUGCCUGACCCAGGGAAGGAGAGGAAAAAGCAAAUACUAGGGUUCCUGGUGUUUUCUGUGGCCAUUGGAUCUGCACUAUCAUUAAUCUUCAACUAUGAAAAGACGGAGUCCCCCAUCAUCUCCAAUACGCUGUACCACAUAAGACGGUCACCUGCAACUAGAGACAUACUGGGGGAAAGCAUAGAAUUUGAUGGUAUCAUUCCCUGGGUCUACGGUGAACUGAACUCUGUCAAGGGCAGAAUUAACAUCACCUUUUAUAUCAAGGGGGACAAAAACGUAACUGGAACUGUCAGGCUGGUUGCCGAUAGGAAUACUCGUGACGAAGAGUUCUUACUCCAUGAAUGGAGCGUUACUACCGCCGACAAGAAGAUUGAUUUACUGGCUGAAAACUCCAAGAGGCCAAUUUAA